AUGAGAAAUGUCUGCUGGACGAUACCCAGUAUUUUCUACUGUCUGCUUUUUCUUCAAGUGUCCGGAUUUGACUGCCCCUACAAGGAAUGCUUCUGCGAGGGAAGAACCGUUUUCUGUGUUAACAGAGGAUUUAAUGCAACACCGGAGAUAGUCAGCAGCAACACGGCAGGUCUGACAUGGCUAAUGUUUGAUACGAAUAACAUCAAAGACAUCCCAGCUGGUCAUCUUCCUGCAAACUUAACUGAAAUUAGCUUUGAUUACAACCCAGUUGAAUCUAUAGACGACAAUGCAUUUAUCGGAUCCGCUGACACACUGGAGCUGCUAUCUUUCUGGGGAGCCAAGUUCUCGAAACUUCCAGAUGCCCUGACACAUUUGAAAGCUUUAAAGUACCUUUCGAUUUAUGACUCCAAUGUAAUUGACUGGAAUGUAAAUGUUAUGAAAGAGAUUGGCUUAACGCUCGAGAGUUUAUUUCUGAGAAAUGCUGGCGUAGUACUAUCGCCAUCUUGGAUUCAGUAUCUUUCAGGCAUUCAAGAGUUAAAUUUAGAAAGUUGUUUAGUGACUUCUCUUCCGGACAAUUCCUUAGAUACUGCAGAUGGUAACAUAACAAUUAUUUCGUUAUUUAAUAACAGUUUAACGGAAGUUCCAAAAGCCAUUUCAAAUUUGCCUGCACUAAAAAAACUAAAUUUGGGGAACAAUAAAAUAUCCAGUAUUACCUGGCUACCUCGAUCACAGCUGACUUCCCUAAUUCUCGAUCAUAAUAAUAUCUCCGACGGUCAGUUUUUGAGCAACGUUCUCCGCUCAUCAUCUGACUCUCUGAGAACUCUAACAUUACAAGUAAACCAACUAACAGCCAUUCCAGAGUUAGACUUUUUGUCAAACCUCAAAAAGGUGGACUUAUCAUACAAUAGAAUAGCAGACCCAAAUUUAGGAUCCUUCCCUGUGGAUAUGUUUGAGGUGAAUCUAGAACACAACCUUCUCCCUUUCAUUCCCAAAGCUUUGUCAAACCUGACACGUUUAAUAGAACUAGAAAUGAUUUCAAACAUGGUUCGCCAGAUUACGGCUGAGGAUUUCCCUCCCGGGGUCAUAUGGGUUUUCCUUGGACACAACCUGAUCACAGAACUGGAAGACACAACAUUCCCUGUCAAUUCUACAAUACAAUAUUUACACUUAAACAAUAAUCCAAUUAAUCAUAUUUCCAACAAAGCUUUCCACAAUUUUCCCAAACUGACUCUAGUGAACCUUGCAGAAACAAAAAUAACCCGUCUACCUCUUGCAUUAGCAUCUGUGUCCACAUUAAUUGUUUUUGAUGCAACUAACUGCACUGAGCUAGUCUGUACUUGUGAGGAGAAGUCUCUAGCGCCAGUGUUGACUCCCGUAUUGUCCGGAGACGUUCAUGGAAAUUGUGGCGACACAAGUAUAUAUGAAUUCUUUGCCAACUAUAGCUCUGCCUGUUAA